AUGAACCCUACCACCAUCUCCAACCUUUAUUGGUCUUCGUCGGCAUUACUGAACCAAGCUUCCUCUCCACCAUUGAUGACAUAUUCGCCGAAUCCAGGUAGCUUUUGGGGUUUGAUUUUAAGCCACGGACAAGAGCAUACCCCCACCGUUAGCAUUUCACCAAUUUGCCUCACCAUGACAGUCGCCUUUGGUCACGUCCUCCACUUCAGUCGCAUAAAUCAUUAUCUCUUUACCCACCAUCGUCUUAAACAUAUAUCUUCUUUUCCACUUUUGGGUCUUCAUUUGAUUUCAGUUUUCUUCCCUAAGCAGCUGGAUUUGAUUUUGGCAAAAAGGUCCAACUUCAGAAAUAAAAAAUAUAGAUUGUCUUCUUUAUGUGACAACUCAACAAGACAUAGCCAAUUUUUGCAAUCACAUCACCUUAGAGACAUUAUAGCUUCUUUGAACAUUAUUCCCUAUUUGACCUUGUGGUAUUACAUUAGAGGAUUCACGAGAUGAUGUGGUGGAACAAAAAGAAACUGUUGUAAAAGUAGCUGACAUCUUCAUACAUGAAAUAAAGCUACUUAAAGUAGAGCAUGAACAGCAGGUGGCUGAAUUAGAGAAGUUGGCUUUGUCUUUUCACUUGUCUAUACCUCUAAUCUUGUCUAUUAAUAUGUUUUCUCUUCUUUUAUAGAAGUGUUCAGCUCCAGUAGAACAAAUAUCUUGACAUCAGUUAGAAACUGCAAAUGAAUUCAUUUAAGAGUAAAUUACAUGUUGUCCUUGAGUACAACUCAUUUUUUCAAUUAUAGUCCCAGAAUGUUUUCUUUUCAAAUUUUGGUCACUUAUUUGAGGUUAUAUAAGAAAAUCCACUAUAUUUUUUG